AUGAUAUACUACAAAGAAGGAACCAGAUGCAACUUUGGCCCCUUGAAUUUCACAAUCGGAAUCAAGAAUGAAGAUGGAAGCAACGCCUGUGCUUUCUACGUCAACCGUGACGUCUUCUUGGCUCUUGCUCCCCGCUUUGAACCAUAUGUCGACGAAAAAUCAAAGAGGGCAGGCGAAGAAAUCACCGAGUAUUUCAUCCCUCUCGACCCUUACAAAGCAGAGCUCAUGAGGUCAUUCGCUAUCUUCAUCAACGAAGGUAUCCUCGUCAUCCCUCAGUACGAAGGCUGGGGCAUACCAGACAAUUUGUUGUUUCUCUACAACUUCGCAAACACCUUGGGCUGUAGCUUGAUGAAAGGUAGUAUCAUCAAGCGUAUGAAGGAUACAGUUGUUGGGUUGUCCAAGGAAAUCGAUGAUUCUGCCGGAAAACAUAGGGGUGACUUGGAAUAUGAAACCAUGGAUUGGAUCAACGUCUUCUACGAGUGCUCUACAGAAGCAGAAGUCAAGGAGUUUAAAAUGUGGCGCUUGGUUGAAGCGUUCAUGGGUAAACAUCCGUGGAUGAAGUUGGAACUCUUGGGCCUCAGAAUUGAAGAUCAGUGGGACUACAAACUGAGGUACCAGGUCCUUGGGAACAUGCGACGCCUAACAGAAUCAGAGAUAGAAACUGGAUUCUCCAAUGGACACCCUGUACGUCCCAGCGAAUACGACUACUCUGACACCCGCACCGAAGAGGGUGCGAGUGAUUUCGAAAGCGGCGAUGACUACGGCGAGGAAUAUUAUAGCGGGGAAUAUUCCGGUGAAGAAUAUGGCGAGGGACCCUAUGACGAGGGAUACUAUGGCGACGACGAUGAUGACAAGGGCGAUUAUAGCGAAGGAUAUUCUGGAGAGGAUUACGGGGAGGAAGAUUACGGGGAGGAAGAUUACGGGGAGGAAGAUUAUGGGGGGGAGGAUUAUGGGGAGGAAUACUAUGACGAGGAAUAUUACGGCGGGGGGGAUCAUACGUGGGACACGUAUGAGGAGCACGAGUCCGUCGCAGACCUCAGAGAAGGGGUCAUGGUCCUGGAGAUCAGGACCAAUGAAAUGGAGGAUUUUUAG